AUGCUUCUACUGCAUCUGAACCUUUGCUUCAAGUGGUGGUCCCCCUGUGCUGCUAUCAUGCACUUGCACGGCUGCCCGCGUCCCCUGCUCGCUCCCUGUGUCAUCCAGGGUGGGGACGGUGCUGUUGGUGGCGGGGGGGACGCUAUUCCACGGCACAGCACCUAUCACAGCACCUAUCACAGCACCACGCAGUUCACCUAUCACAGCACCACGCAGUUCACCUAUCACAGCACCACGCAGGUGGGCUUCGCACUGCUAGUGGCAGGAGGCGUGUUAUUCCACAGCACCUACCUCAGUGUCACGCAGGUGGGCUUCGCACUGCUAGUGGCGGGAGGCGUGUUAUUCCACAGCACCUAUCUCAGCGCCACGCAAUUCACCCUCGCCACCACACAAGCCCUCGUGGCGGCCACUCACAACCUCUCAGCCGCACUGCAACGCUCUGCCAAUACCACGCUCUUUGAUGCUGUGAUUCCCACCGCCACACAGCAGGCGGUGCUGCAGGGAGCAGCGCACGAAGAGAGCAUGGCAGAUGACAUUCAAGCACGCAUUGUGAACAGCAUUGAGCGGCUGGACGGCUACGUGAAGAUCGUCACCAUCACCAUCCUCGUCAUUGGCUCACUCACUGCUCUGCUCGUGCUGCUGGGAUUAGUUGCCGGCUUCUUACAGUGGGCUGUUGCAUCACACAUACUCGUUAGCCUUAUUUGGGCUAUGGGGUUCAUCACAUGGUGUACUGUCACCCUCUGCCUCCUCUCCACUCUCUUUGCGGGCGACACGAGUGCGGCCAUGUGGCAGGUGUCACAGCAGGACCCAGUAGGCAACUCCACCAUGCAGCAGUGGCUGCCUUGCGCCCGGGCAAGCGACGUGCGCCAGGCCAUCAACACCACCGUGACUGCUCUCGCUGCAUCGGUCGCCCUGCUCAACACCUCUGUGGUCACGACCUACCCCCAGGUGUUGACUGCAGUCAACGCCACUGGCAUCUGCAACCCCUUUGCGGGCGGCGGCGCUGACCUCAGCUACGACGUCACCUCCUGCCCGCCCGGCACUCUGCCGCCCGCCGCAUUUUUCAAGGCACUCACCACACUCACCUGUACGAACGGUACAUGCGAGGUGCAUUUCCCCAACGGAACAGUCACGCUGCUGCAAGUGCCCCCAGCGGCGCUCUCUGCCCUGCAGAAUACCUCUGCUGCGCUCACACAGCUCAUAGACUCCGUGCCUGUGCUGCGUCAGAUCGCCAACUGUACCUACGUGAAGGAGAUCUGUGAGUAUGCAUCAGGGCUAGCAAGCAACAUGGAGAGGGAUUUCAACAUGCUGUGGUGGGGCUUCAUCGUCAUCUCAGUCGCCUCCAUGCUACUCGCGCUCGCCCUCCCCGUCUACAUCUUCCGUUCCGCCCACCCGCAAGCCGACCCACUACCCCAUCCACUAGCCCACGUGCAAGCCCAACCGCUGGCCCUGCCUCCCGGGGAGUCCUUCCUCUCUUCUCCUCCCCACACUCCUCCUCCCCAUGAUAGCCCUUGUCCGCCUUGUGCUGCGGAUGCUCCGGAUUCUGCUGCCAGUGGCUCGGCUGGUGCUGCUGAUGGGAUGUCUCACAUGGAAGAUCUGCAGUUUGAGGAUGACAAGGACCAAUCGUCGCUCGCCAGGGACAAUGCACCUGACCUCUCUCCUCUAACAUCCACAUCCCCUCCUCGCAACCUGUCCGCUAAGCCAGAAUUGGGACCCUUGUCGUCGAAAAUACUGCCUCACCUAUUUAAAUUGUAUGGCUGCACCGCAAGAGAUGAGGACUUUGAAAUUUACUCUCCGGACGCGAAGUUUGACGAUCCCUUAAUGUCAGCUAAUGGGUUGAAUCAGAUCAAGUCAGCCUUUUACUCCAUGCAAGUGCUUUUUCAAGAGGGGAGAAUAGUGGAGUACACUUUAGAGGAGACAUCAACCGGAGAUGGCUCAGGAAUGGUGGUCAUGGACAAUAAGCAGAAUUACAAGGUCUGGGGCAGGCCUUUUGAUGUCGACUCGAGAAUCCAACUCAAGGUUGAAGGAGGGAAGGUGGUUCACCACGAAGAUUUGUGA